AACAUCUGUCAUAGUUUACUAAUAAUGACAGACACUUUAACUGUGUUACCGAUAGACCAAUUUUUUACCGAAGGUAGUAACCUUUCAAUUGCGGAUGAAGAUCUCUUUUUCAAAAAUACAAAUUCAUUUAAAUGUCUAACACAAAUCGCAGUUUCACGAAGUUCCAUACUUCGCCACCCUCUUUAUCCAUUCCCAAUCAUCCCAAAUCCUGGACUCGAAGAGGCAAUCGAGUAUGAAGAACCAGAGCAAGUAUUCGACAGCAUCGGCUGUGAUAAUUACCUGAGACUCUGUAAGUUUCAUAACAUCCCCGUCCUGAGAAGAGUGCUAUCAUCCCUGGAAACGGACGAGUUGAAUUUGAAGUAUUACGGGCUGAGAGAAAAACAAGUGUUGUGCAUAAUAGACACCUUAAAACGCAACAAAUACAUCGAAGUCGUAGAUCUUCAGGAUAACUGGUUAGAACCCAAAUGUCUACAGCACAUAAGCGACAUGCUAGUGUUCAACUCCACAAUACGGAAAUUGGUUUUGCGAGAAUGCAGAAUCAAGCCGGAAGGCGCCGAACUGUUAUCUGAAGGAUUACAGAACUCCAGAGCACUUGUUGAGUUAGAUCUUAGUUGUAACAAUUUGGGAGAUGAAGGUAUGGCCUUCUUAGAAAUGGGUUUACGAGAAAGUGGAUCGAUUGAAAUUUUAAAUUUGAGUGACAACAAUCUCGAAAGUGAGUCGGGUAUGAUAUUGAGUCGUAUAAUUGCCGAUCUGGAUGUUUUGGAGGAGCUGGAUUUAUCGUGGAACGAGUUCAAUGCAAACUCUAAAGGAAAUAAGGCUUUGUUCCAAGCGUUAUCUAAAAGUACCAGGAUCAACAAAUUAGUUUUGGCAUGGAAUGGGAUCAGUGACAAGGAUUUAACUCGAGCAAUUGCGGUAUUUUUGAGAACCACUGCUAAUCUAUUGCAUUUUGACAUCAGCAAUAAUCGUCUAUCCAGUGACUCACUGCGAAACAUUGUCACUGGACUGAUGAGAUGCCGCAAUUUGGCAGUAUUGAAAAUUGGUAAUAAUAUCAUCGAACCAGAUCAAGCCUUAGACUUGCUUAAGCUCUUCCGAUCUUUACAACAACUGUCUGAGAUUAAUCUCGAAAAUAUUUGUGUUAAUAAGGAUUUCGUACCAUUGUGGACAGCACUACAACGUGAAGGAAAGAAGGUUAUAAUAGGAAGCGUACUGAGCAAUUAUGUUAUUAAGGGACCUGAUAAGAUACUCCUAUUAUUUAAUCGUGCCAAAUUUUUAGCGAUGAAAGCGAAGAAAAAGAAAGCGCAAGUUGACUUCGGGCACUUUAUUUUACAAUUGCCGGAAAACGAUCUAUCGCCCUCGGAUUUUGCUGCGUUAAUCAAAAAGUUCAAAAUGAAGAAGAUCGAUGCUGAUUUAAUUGCGGCAAUUGUGAACCAAUUUUCAACGCCGAAAAAAAUGGUUAGUUGCCAAGGUAUAAGGGAAAGUUACAUGGCGUAUUUUCCAAACACUGUGUUGCCACCACCAAAACCUUCCAAAAAAGGGAAAGAAAAGAAAGGAAAGAAAAAGUAAAUGGAGAUGCAACCACUAGGUAGAUUUGGUUCAAAACGCUUCAGUGAAUGCGA